CAAAAGAUUAUAUUAUGGUUCUUAAAUAUGCAAAUGUUGGAAGUUUUAAUAAUUGGAUAAAUGUAUAUUUUGAAUAUUUUGAUUGGAAAAAUAAAUUAUUUACAUUAUUAAAUAUUAUUAAUGGCCUUAAAGAAAUUCAUCAAAAACAAAAAGUUCAUGGUGAUUUUCAUACAGGAAAUAUAUUAUUCAGUAAUGAUUCUUCCGUUGUUUAUAUUUCAGAUAUGGGAUUAUGCAAAGAGGUUAGUAAUGCAGAUAAAACAAAUAUUUAUGGAGUUAUGCCUUAUAUAGCUCCUGAAGUAUUAAGAGGAAAGCCUUAUACUCAAGCAGCAGAUAUUUAUAGCUUUGGUAUGAUUAUGUAUUUUGUAGCAACUGGAAGACAACCUUUUGCCGAUUAUGCACAUGAUAAGUUUUUAGCAUUUGAUAUUUGUAAUGGAAAUAUACCUGAAAUAAAAGAACCAGAAGCACCAGAAUGUUAUAUUAAAUUAAUGAAAAAAUGUUGGGAUUCAAACUUAAACAAUAGACCAAAUGUUACUGAAGUGGAGGAAUUCAUCUCACUAUUACUUACAUCUAUUUAUAAUGCAGAAAAUGAUGCAGACAAUGAUGAAAUUAAAAUACAAUUUGAAGAAGCAGAAGUAUUUAGAAAAGCAAUUCUUUUGUCUAUUGAAGAAACUACUCAUCCACAUCAUCCACAGGCUAUUUAUAUAUCUCGAUUACUUAAUCCUUUAACAAAAGAUCUAAAUUCCGAAUGUCUGGAUUGUGCAAUAUAACUUAAUUUUUAAGAGGCAUAUAAUUACUUGUAGGAAAUUUGCAAUGAAAUAUGUUAACGUAGAUCAUGGCGCGGUAAAAAUCGAUUAGCAAACGAA